GGCCGGGCCGCCGAAGGGGCGGGGCGGGGCGGACAUCCGGGGACGAGCACGCGGACAUCCGGGGACGAGCACGCCGUAGGCCCCGCGGUGCGCGCGCAGCUCGGCGCGUCGGUCGGGGGCGCGCGCUCGGGGAACCUGUACCCCACGUAGUCGCCGGUUACCGAACGGACUAAGUUCCAGUGGUGAUUUGCAAGUCAAGUUAAAAUGUCCCCAGAAGUGGCCUUGAACCGAAUUUCUCCAAUGCUGUCCCCAUUUAUAUCUAGUGUGGUCCGCAAUGGAAAAGUGGGACUGGAUGCUACAAACUGUUUGAGGAUAACUGACUUGAAAUCUGGAUGCACGUCACUAACUCCUGGACCCAAUUGUGACCGAUUUAAACUGCAUAUACCAUACGCUGGAGAGACAUUAAAAUGGGAUAUAAUUUUCAAUGCCCAAUACCCAGAGCUGCCCCCUGAUUUUAUCUUUGGAGAAGAUGCCGAAUUCCUGCCAGACCCCUCGGCACUGCAUAACCUUGCCUCCUGGAAUCCUUCAAAUCCCGAAUGCCUCUUACUUGUGGUGAAGGAACUUGUGCAGCAGUAUCACCAAUUUCAAUGCAGCCGUCUCCGUGAGAGCUCCCGCCUCAUGUUCGAAUACCAGACAUUGCUGGAAGAGCCACAGUAUGGAGAGAACAUGGAAAUUUAUGCUGGGAAAAAAAAUAACUGGACUGGUGAAUUUUCAGCUCGCUUCCUUUUGAAGUUGCCGGUGGAUUUCAGUAACAUUCCCACAUACCUUCUCAAGGAUGUAAAUGAAGACCCUGGAGAGGAUGUGGCCCUCCUUUCUGUCAGUUUUGAGGAUACCGAAGCCACUCAGGUGUACCCCAAGCUGUACCUGUCACCCCGAAUUGAACAUGCACUUGGAGGCUCCUCAGCUCUUCACAUUCCAGCUUUUCCAGGAGGAGGAUGUCUCAUUGAUUACGUCCCUCAAGUAUGCCACCUGCUCACCAACAAGGUGCAGUAUGUGAUCCAGGGAUACCACAAGAGAAGAGAGUACAUUGCUGCUUUCCUCAGCCACUUUGGCACAGGUGUCGUGGAAUAUGAUGCAGAAGGCUUUACAAAACUCACCCUGCUGCUGAUGUGGAAAGAUUUUUGUUUUCUUGUACACAUUGACCUGCCCCUGUUUUUCCCUCGAGACCAGCCAACUCUCACAUUUCAGUCCGUCUACCACUUUACCAAUAGUGGACAGCUUUAUUCCCAGGCCCAAAAAAAUUAUCCAUACAGCCCUAGAUGGGAUGGAAAUGAAAUGGCCAAAAGAGCAAAGGCUUAUUUCAGAACCUUUGUCCCUCAGUUCCAGGAGGCAGCGUUUGCCAAUGGAAAGCUCUAGGAAACACCAGUCUGGAGCGGGGGCCAGCCAGACUGCUCUGUCCACAUGCGUGUCAGCACACAGGCUGCUUCCUGGAAGCCACUUGGACCGUCUUCACGCAGCGUUUCAACCCCACACGGCGGCUUCGAGAGCCCGCCUGGCGCCCAGGCCGGGCUGGCUGCCGUGACCUGGAGCCCCCACCCCGGUCCUCCCUUUGUUCCGCAGUGUAGUCCUGACUGGGAGAAAUAAAGUCACAAAAGU